AUGUGCCUAAAGCCGAUGAAGGAAGUUCGCAACGAGCUGCGUGAUCUUAAGAUCCCCAUGAAGAGAUGCAGUGAUGUGGCUCAAAUUGUAAGGCUGGGAGUAAUACCAUCAGACUUCCCGAAUACGAUAUGGUCCGAUGACAAGUUGAAGCUUAUACAGGCAGCAGUCCUGGACAAAAUUGUGGAGAUGAAAAAAGGCUCUAUAGAAGCGCAAUUUGCAGGCUGCUCUUUUAAAACUGGCUGGCUUGUUUUCAACUGCAAAGGCAGCGAUUCAGCAAAAUGGACCAAGGAACAUGUCCCCACGCUGAAAUCUUGGCAAGAUGCUGCGAUAAAGGUUGUAUCGGAAGAUGAGGUGCCUAAGACUGAGAAAUUCAUAGGAUAUUUCCCAGAAGCGUCUGAAACACGUAACAGCAGGAUCUUAUCACUAAUUGAAGGCCAGAAUGAUGACCUAACGGUUGAAUUCUGGAAGGUCCUAAAUCGAGUCAGUAAGGGUAGUAUAUCUAAAAUUACCAUUUUCUCCUCAAGUCAAGCGGUAGUCUGCUAUCAAUGGCUGUCAAACACAAACUAA